UUAAGGCCUAGGCUGCGGAAACGGGUUCGAGGCGGAAGCGGGGCAGCAGUCGGUCGUACCUGUCUUGAGCGGGGAGCGCCAUGGGGCGAGGCGGUGGGACCUUCGAGCGACUUCUAGAUAAAGCUACCAGUCAACUUUUGCUGGAGACAGACUGGGAAUCCAUCCUACAGAUUUGUGAUAUGAUUCGUCAGGGUGAUACCCAGGCUAAAUAUGCUGUGGGUGCAAUAAAGAAGAAAGUCAAUGACAAGAAUCCUCAUGUGGCUCUCUAUGCACUGGAGGUCUUGGAAUCUGUGGUGAAGAACUGUGGUCAAACAGUCCACGAUGAAGUGGCUAACAAACAGACCAUGGAGGAGUUGAAGGAAUUGCUGAAGAGACAGGUUGAGGCUAACGUUCGUAACAAGAUCCUGUACUUGAUCCAGGCAUGGGCGCAUGCCUUUCGCAAUGAGCCCAAGUACAAGGUGGUGCAGGACACUUACCAGAUCAUGAAGGUAGAAGGGCAUGUUUUCCCAGAGUUCAAGGAAAGUGAUGCCAUGUUUGCAGCGGAGAGGGCUCCUGACUGGGUAGAUGCCGAGGAAUGCCACCGAUGCAGAGUCCAGUUUGGGGUGGUGACUCGUAAGCAUCACUGCCGGGCAUGUGGACAGAUUUUCUGUGGGAAGUGCUCCUCCAAGUACUCCACCAUUCCCAAAUUUGGUAUUGAGAAAGAGGUCCGGGUGUGUGAACCUUGCUAUGAGCAUCUUAAUAAGAAAGCAGAAGGCAAAGGAUCUGCAAGCACAGAGCUUCCACCCGAGUACCUGACCAGCCCCCUUUCACAGCAGUCCCAGUUGCCUCCCAAGCGUGAUGAAACUGCCCUGCAAGAGGAAGAGGAGCUGCAGCUGGCCAUUGCACUGUCACAGUCGGAGGCAGAGGAGAAGGAAAGGCUGAGACAGAAAAACACUUAUUCCACAUACCCUAAGGCUGAGCCAGCGCCAAUCACCUCUUCAGCUCCUCCAGUCAGCACCCUCUAUUCUUCCCCUGUGAACUCUUCGGCACCUCUUGCUGAGGACAUCGACCCUGAGUUGGCUCGGUACCUGAACCGUAAUUACUGGGAAAAGAAACAGGAGGAAGUGCGCAAAAGCCCCACGCCUUCAGCCCCACUCUCCAUGGGGGAGCCAGCCUCUCAGCCAGCUGAGGUUCAGCCUGCUGCACUUAGUGUGGUAGAGCAGCAGUACCAAAACGGUGAAACCGAUGAGAGCCACGAGCAGUUCCUGAAGGCCUUGCAGAAUGCCGUCACCACCUUCGUCAACCGCAUGAAGAGCAACCACCUGCGGGGCAGGAGCAUCACCAACGACUCUGCGGUUCUCUCACUCUUUCAGUCCAUCAACAGCAUGCACCCUCAGCUCUUGGAGCUGCUGAACCAGCUGGAUGAGCGCCGCUUGUAUUAUGAAGGGCUUCAGGAUAAACUGGCCCAGAUCCGGGAUGCCCGGGGAGCCCUCAACGCUCUGAGGGAGGAGCACCGAGAAAAGCUGCGCCGUGCUGCUGAGGAGGCGGAGCGUCAGCGUCAAAUCCAGCUGGCUCAGAAGCUGGAAAUCAUGCGGCAGAAGAAACAGGAGUAUCUGGAGGUGCAGCGGCAGUUGGCAAUCCAGCGCCUUCAGGAACAAGAAAAGGAGCGGCAGAUGCGGCUGGAGCAGCAGAAGCAGACCAUCCAGAUGAGGGCCCAGAUGCCUGCUUUCUCCCUGCCUUAUGCCCAGUUGCAGGCCAUGCCAGCGACCAGCGGGGUGAUCUACCAGCCCUCCGGCCCUACAAGCUUCCCAGCCACCUUCAGCCCAGCAGGUUCUGUGGAAGGCUCGCCUAUGCAUACCGUGUACAUGAGCCAGCCAGCCCAAGGCAGCACUGGGCCUUACACGGCAAUGCCUGUAGCAGGAACAGAUCCCAACAUGGUGAGCACCUACAUGUACUCGGCGGGCACUAACAGUGGGCAGACGGCUGCACAAGGGCAGGCAGUGCCCACUACAAAUCCUGCCUAUUCUUCCUAUCAGCCUACGCCUACCCAGGGCUAUCAGAAUGCAGCUGCCCCUUCUCAAACCCAGACCAUCCCUGCCAUGGCACAGGCGCCUCCUCAGUCUGGCAGCACAAUGGGCUACAUGGGCAAUCAGUCGGUCUCUAUGGGUUACCAGCCCUACAACAUGCAGAACCUCAUGUCAACGCUCCCUGGCCAGGAAUCGGGUUUGAAUAGCCUGCCACCCCAGCAGCCUUACAUGUCAGGACAACAGCCUAUGUACCAACAGAUGGCGCCCCCUGGAGGUCCACCGCAGCAGCAGCCACCUCCCCAACAGGCUCCUACCCAGGUGCAGCAGGCACAAGGAGGGAGUGGAGAAGCUCAGCUCAUUUCUUUUGACUAGUCACUUGGCUUAUGAGGAAAAAGGAGGGCUGGGUCUCUAAGACAUUAUAACACUAUCAUCUCUUGGUCACUGCUGUACUUGCUACACCAUUGCUGUUACCUUGCACCAUCCCUGCAGUGGGGAGUGGAAAGCUGAGCCCUUGUCUUAGCUAGUCUCCCACUGGCUGUCAGUAAUCCCCUGUCAUGUAUCCCUGUCUAAAAUGCUGCUAAAAGAUUCUCUGGGUAGGAGCAAAGACAGUCGUGUUUAGAUACCCUUCCAUGUUGCUCCUUGCCUGUGGAGGGAAAGUGGUUCGUGGGUCGACUCACCUGGCUCUGCAUUAGAUGGCUCGCAGAGCAAAUGUUGGAGGCAGUCUCUCAUAUGUGCACCAUUACAGGAAGCUGCUCUCUUGUGGGGAAACAGCAUUUAAGCAUGCUCUAGACGCAGAGUAAAUGGGGGUCCAAUUCACAGCAUGACCUGGACCUGCCUCCUAACCCUCUCCCCAAAGUACUCUGUGGUUGCAUCUUGCCAAUCAAGUGGCCUUCACUCUGACAACAUUCCUGCCCAUGGAUGAGCUCAAGAGCCCUCUGUGUCCUCCCUCAAUAUCUUACGAGAACCACAACCAGUCCUAGGCCUGUGUACCUCCCCUGUUCCCUUCUCUGCCCCCCCCCCCAUUUACUCUCACUGCUUUUGAAAACUUGUCUCUUUUACUUAGUGGCUGGUGUAGGCCAAAUGGAACCAGUGACAAUUAAAACAAGUAAUUUAAAACUUCA